AUGGGUAAAUCCUCCAAGGACAAGCGCGAUGCGUACUACCGACUGGCCAAGGAACAAAAUUGGCGUGCGCGCUCAGCGUUCAAGCUAAUCCAGAUCGAUGAACAAUUUGAUUUAUUCGAGCACGAGAACCCGGAGAAAGUCACCCGAGUUGUGGAUCUUUGCGCCGCGCCGGGUAGUUGGAGUCAAGUUUUGAGUCGGGUGUUGAUUAAGGGCGAGAGCUUCGGACGUAGGGCGUGGGUGGAGAAGAAAAGCAAGGAAGCGGCCGCGCUGGCGAGUGCGAACGGCGAUGCGACGGACAACGACGUUGGAGAUGCGGAUAUGAAGGAAUUGAAACCUAGGAAGAAUGUCAAGAUCGUCUCGAUUGAUCUGCAGCCGAUGGCGCCGCUGGAAGGCAUUACAACCCUCAAGGCAGAUAUUACACACCCGUCCACGAUCCCUCUUCUUCUCCGCGCCUUGGACCCGGAGGCUUACGAUUCCACCACAUCUUCCCCCUCUUCUCUCCGCCAGCCGCAUCCUGUCGAUCUUGUUAUCUCCGAUGGUGCCCCUGACGUCACUGGUCUGCAUGAUCUAGACAUCUACAUUCAGUCCCAGCUGCUGUAUGCCGCCCUGAAUCUCGCUCUCGGUGUUCUCCGCCCCGGAGGCAAGUUCGUGGCCAAGAUCUUCCGUGGCCGUGAUGUCGACCUUAUCUAUGCACAGCUUCGUACCGUCUUCGAGAAGGUCAGCGUCGCAAAGCCGAGAAGCAGUCGAGCAAGCAGUCUGGAAGCGUUCGUAGUUUGCGAGGGCUUCAUUCCACCGUCCAUCCACGGUGGCUCCAUGGGCAUGGAUGCCCUCAAGAAUCCCCUAUUCGGCGGCGCAGCAGUGGCACAUACGGUGUCCGCCGAUGGUAAUGUCGGUGUAGAGGUGAUGGAUGUUGACUCUGAAGCCAAGCCCGGAGCUGAACUCACGACUACAAAGACCGUUUCUUCAGCCGAACCUCACAAGGAGAACCAGGUCCGCAUGCUGCAUGCCGACUCCGAUAGCCCUUCUACACAAGAACCCCUCUCUCAAAAGCCUGUGACUGAAAAAUUCGCCGUCGAAAACAGGUGGAUUCCUCCUUUCAUCGCCUGCGGCGACCUCUCUUCCUGGGAUUCCGAUGCAUCCUACACUCUUCCUCCGGACCAUGUAAGCUUAGAUCCUGUCCAGCCACCUACAGCUCCGCCUUACCGGAGAGCACUGGAAUUGAGGAAAGAAAAGGGGGGAGCCUAUGGGAAGACGAAACUGGGGGCUCUCGGUCGGGCUUGA